ACCUCCAUUUUUAUUUGUUGUUUUUUAGUACAACAAAUCCAUCGCCUCUCUCCCUCAAAAUCAAAAAUCCCAAUUUUCUUCAGCUGCCUCACAGCUUCGUUCAACCCUCACAAAGACGAACCCAAACCCCACACUCAGCAUAAACCUCUCCAAAAAUUCCCUUUUACACGAACCCAGCUUCCCAAAACCCUCAUCGAUUUUUACUUUAUCACGAUCCUGCCCCUCUGCCUUCCAGGUCAAUUCUUCCCUCCUAGAAAUGCCCCGCCGCGGUGUUUCGAUUAGCUUCGUCUCCGUUGUCCGCCGGACCCGAAUCAAUCUCUAAUUAAAUGUUGGCGUGGAAGGAUUUUCUAGGUCCAUUGUUCUAGAAGAUUCUGCACUAUUUGAAGUGCUGCUGAACUCUUACAGGCAACCCAAGUUGUUUGGACACUGCAUUUGUUGGGUGUCUGAAACUUUGCAUAUAGUAAGAGAGCACUGAUUUCUAGUUUGUUCCUAGAGGAUCCAAUGGAGCUGAAGGUUCCAUCCACUAAGCAUGGUGGUCUUUCUCCCCAUGAUUGUGCUAGUGAUCCUGAAGAGAAGGAAGUCAGUGAUGAGGAUGAUGAUGAUCGCAACCAUAAGCAUCGUCGGCGGGAGACACGCUCUCAGUCAAUGGAAAGAGAUCCUCUGAAUCAACCUUUCUCAAGGCCAUACAGAAAGCGCAACAAAGCUUUUGAAAAUGGACAUCCUUUCCGAGAAAAUGAAUCUCAAGCAAGUGGAACUUCAAAAAAUUUUUACUUUUCUCCACAAGAGAAAGAUUCAAUGGCUAAGUCUGAAAGAAGACGCCCUGGGUUAACAUCAUUUUCACGUGUGCAUUUGGAUCUUAACCAAAGAAUCAGAGCAAAUCAUCCAUUUAUGGGAGACACAGGUCCUGUAAGGGGAAGGGGAAGAGAAUCUUGGACCCAACGUGAUUCUAAGUUUAACUCAGUUGAUAUUGCAUCACAAAUGAUUCAGCCAGGGUCUGUUGCUCCAAAUCUCUUUGUAGGAAGAGGAUUGCCAAAUGUUUCAAAUGCCCAGAGUCCAUCAUGGGGUGCAUUUGGAUUAAUGCCAGCAAUACCAAAUGGUGGCUUGGAUACACUUCAUUCUAUUGGUUUACAAGGAGCGCUUAGGCCAUCAUUGAAUCUUGGCAUUCCUCGCCAACGAUGUAGAGACUUUGAGGAGCGUGGAUUUUGUCUAAGAGGAGACAUGUGCCCAAUGGAGCAUGGUGUCAAUCGUAUUGUUGUUGAAGAUGUUCAGAGCUUGUCACAGUUCAACCUACCAGUCUCUCUUCCAAGUGCACAACUAUUGGCGACACCUGCUGGACCAGGACCCCUACCUUCAGUUGCUCCUUCAACCACUUCAAUGAACAGCAAGGCAGUACAUAGCAAAAUCGGCCAGUCGGGAAUGACUGAUGAUGAUUUAGCUCUGAAUGGUGCUUAUACUGGUGCUGAUUUGUAUGAUCCUGAUCAACCCCUGUGGAAUGACAGAGGUCCAGAAGCUUCAGCUGCACUGAAAGCACUAGGAUCACCCAAGGCAGAUGAAACUGAAACCUUGUUAAAUGAUGAUAUCUCUGAGCGUCAUCAUGUUAGAUCACGGUAUAAUCCUAAUAAUGAUCUAAUGAGGAGUUCUGGCUCACAGAACCCAAGUUCAUCUGUUUGGGGCAGAAUUGGUGGCUUGAGAAAUAGAUUGGAUGCAAAGGAAAAAAUGGAUGCAACAUCCUCAGAUUACUUCGAGAAUGAAACUAAAGAUGGUCAGGAUCUAUUGCCUACCUCUCAAAGUAUUUCCCGUCAGGGAAAGCAGAUUAGUGUUGAUGAUGAUGGCUCCAAAGGUCUGGAUUCAACACUCAAGUCACAGAGUGAUGGUAAACAUAAUUCCCGCAAACCAUCUCAGAAGGCACAACGCACACUAUUUGUAAAUGGGAUUCCUAAGGAAAGCAACAAAAGAGAGGCGCUUCUUUCUCAUUUUUGUAAGUUUGGGGAGGUCAUUGACAUUUAUAUCCCAUUAAAUACUCCAAGGGCCUUUGUCCAAUUCUCAAAGAGGGAAGAGGCAGAGGCUGCAUUGAAAGCACCUGAUGCUGUUAUGGGAAAUCGCUUUAUUAGGCUCUGGUGGGCAAAUCGUGACAGCAUUCCUGAUGACAGCACAGGAAGUGGCAAUACUGUACCUGUAACUCCACAUGGGACAACAGCUGCAUCAAUUACGUCUCAGUCGUCAGUUGCUAAUAGAGGGAAGGAUAACCUUCUACCUGUUGCUCAGAAGAGUAAUGCCCUCCAAGGUGCUAAUGUCACUGCUUCUGAAUCACCUCUGCCUAUCAACACAAAUGGUCCCAAGGUCCCCCCUCCAUCACAAAAAAAGCUAGAGAUGCUAGAGCAGUUGAAGGACGAGCUACGGAAAAAGCAGGAGCUGCUGGACCAGAAGCGCAAGGAUUUCCGGCGCCAGUUGGACAAGCUUGCAAUUGUGAAACAAGCUACUGGAGUCAAGAGUGAGCCAUUGGCUGAGCAAGCUGCAAAGAGACACAAAGUGGGAAUAGCAGCUGAUUCUGCAAAAUCUGCAACUGCAAAUUCCUCAGAUCUUGGUGCUGAGGCAGUGCCUGAUAAGAAUAAAUCAUCUGAGCAUGUUGUCUGUUCCAGCCCCAAAUUAAACAUAGCUGUGGUGCCACAGGACUGUCAAUUAACACCUGGAAGGGCUCCGUUGACGAUGAACAGAUACACAUUUGACAACCAACCUACUGCAUUUAGAGUUCUGCCACCAUUACCCAUUGGUUUUCUAAAUGUUACUGUUCUGAAGGAGCAUUUUUCACAAUAUGGUGAUCUUUCUGCUGUCGAGCUAGAAGAUGUGGAGGCCCCUGAUGGUGAUAAUGGGUCAGAGACACUGAAGAAUUGUUCUGUUCAUGUAAGUUUUUCAACAUGCCGCGAAGCCGAGAGGGCAUUUGUGAAUGGUAAUUGCUGGGAUGGUAACAAUCUAAAGUUUGCGUGGCUUAUGCCUGAUAAUCCUAGCAAUGAGAACCCUUCAGUCACCAUCAAGGGACCUCUGGAUGCAGAUGUCCAGACAGAAGAUAAAAUGGCAAGCAACAUCUCUACAGAAGCUGUUGCAGCCGUUGGUGAGGGCUCUGCUCGUUCAUAGAGAAAAUUUGAUCUUGAGCAUACAGAGUUACCUGAAGUUUCGCAGCCUGGUCCGUUCUCAAGGUCUAUCAAGAAAAGGUCAACUAGAAUUGACCACUGAGGAGGGGCUGAUUUUCAGAAUUGUACAGUGAGGUAAAAUGUUAAAUUUUACAUAACUCUAAUUUUCAGGAGUCAUGCUUCUGCAAUCACUCAAAAUUGAUUUUUCGAUAUAACUUGUUUCAUUUCAUGCAUGAGAAAUGUAAAAAGGGAAAUUUUCGAUUUUUGAUGGUCAUCUCAUGGAUAUUCAUUAGUUUGGUGGCAAACUAAGUUGUCUUUAAGCUUAUUUUUGUAGGACUUUGAAAGAGUUAAGCCUCAAAGUUGAAAUUUCUGUUAAAAAUUAGUUAAAUGUAAUUUUGCGGGAUUUGAUUCCCAUUCCAGUUUAGACUUGAUAUUACAUGUAACGCAAAUUUUAUCUUUCGAAAUUUGCUUUAUUACUGUGAACGACCAGUUUUUAUGCAUUAUAGUAUUAAAUUGAACCUUCAAGA